CAACUGCGUCUGUGGAGCAGAUUAGUGUACAUGAACGGACUAAUUGUUGACCCAGCUCAACCGGAUCAAUUAAUAAUACAAUUUUCAACAAACUGAAAGUGUGGAAUUACGGUAGGCCUAUCGGAGUAAGCCUUGUAACGCCAUACUUGUGACGUGUUACAAUGCGUGUGCUUGUGUCGAACGCGACGUCACCCCUGGCUUAUCAGCUGCUGCCUCUUCUGGCGUCAGGGGAGGUAUUCUCUCAUGAGCAGGCGGUGAAUCUGGUGUUAUGCGGGUGUGAGGAGAGACGUAUCGAGCUGGAGGGUGUCCGCAUGGAGCUUCUGGACUGUGUCUUCCCGAGCCUCACAAGUGUAACCAUUACCUCCGACUUUUGUGAGUCUUGCAAGUCCUCUGACGUCAUCCUGGUUCUCCCCGAGGACGAUUUCUUCUGUCGCCAUGGUGAUAUCGCACUUGACGUCUGCUUCAGCUUUCUACCAAACCUCGAUUUCAAAGACCUAGAUGGCGUUCUUCACCCAAACAUGUCCGAGAAGGAGGUUGAUACGUACGAUGUGCAUGGUCCCCUGUCCGCCGCUACCGCCAUCGCCCGCUUCCUCUGCGACGCCCACCAAUCAAGCCUCGCUACACAUAGCCAGGUAAAUCUCAUUCAAAGCCGAAGUUCUGUGGUUGGAAUUGAUCUUCGCGAGGAAGCUGAGUACGGUUGCCCACCGGACCGUCAAGUGGAGAGCUGCAUAGCUGCAACGUGCGACCACCACUUCAAUUCCUGUGGCUCCCAGGGGCCACGGGUACUGCUCGCCAUCCCCAGGCGCGUGGGGCAGGCGGACACACGGACGACAGACACCGACGAUCCCAUAUAUGCUAAUGCUUCGUUGUAUUCGCGACUAUAAACUCGGACACUGCCGGGUUAGCGGCACAUUUCUGUGAUAUUUUGAGACAGUGUCAUAUAGCAGAUUUAAUGACACAUGGACAUUUUAGCGAUUUCUAACACUUCGUUUGGCGGUGACUUCGGAAACUCGGUCGUCUAUUCCAACUAUCGAGUUUUAAAAUGUUCAUGUUCUUGUCCCAAAUUGACUUGUUUCACAAUAAAUAUAAUCAUUUAU